AGAGGAGGAAACAUGGCGGCGUCCUUGAUCAGACAGACUAAACUGCUGUCGGUCUUCAGUUCUGCUGGGUGUUUCAGGAGUAUUCACUCCACUGCAGCCUGUCUGAAGAACCGCGCGGCUCGUAUUCGUGUGGGUAAAGGAGAUCGUCCGCUGACGUAUGAACAGGCUCAUCACCCUCAUCACAUCAGCCACAGGAAGGGCUGGCUCUCACAGCACACCGGAAACCUCCACGCUGAGGGCGGAGCAGCAGAGCGCGUGCUGGAGGACGUCUUCAUCCGCCGCUUCAUCUUCGGCACGUUUCACAGCUGUCUGGCGGACGAGCUGGUCAUCAAGCGCAGGGGAAACGUCCUGAUCAUCUGCGCCGUCAUGAUCCAGAAACUGCUGCCCAGCAAAUUCUACUUUCUGCUGGGCUACACGGAAGAGCUGCUCUCACACUUCUACAAGUGUCCUGUGAAGAUGGAGCUCCAGCUAGUGGACGAGAAAGUGGUCUAUAAAUACCUCUGACAAACUGUGCUCAAUACAAGCCCUUCAGAAAACAUCAGGAACAUGAUAUAUUCACAUGACGGCAGUGUCAAAGAUCAUGCAUUGGGUUUUUUUGUUCUAAAUAAAUGUUUUUGUUUCAUGCAAAAAAA